GAGAAAGCCGAACAGAUCAGACGAGCGCUCGUCUGGUAUGUAAACAAGGUCAGGCACUGCAGCAGACACAGACCAAACACUUCGCUAAAGCAGGACCACUCGGCUUUUUUCCAACAAGAGAAGCACAAAGCUUCAAGCAAUUGAUUGCAGGACGCUAGCACACAGCCGCCAAGAUGAUGCAGUGUUUUCACUUCAUGGUGGAGCCGGCCAAAAACUUCACGGCUAAGAUUAAGGAAUCACACAAAAGGACAAACAGGGAGAAGACGGAGCCUCUGGAUGAAGAUCAGCAGUUUAUUUUGGAACUGGCAAGAGAUCUCAGCCGAGUGUGCCAGAGAUCAGCAGUCCUGGAGUACAUCUGGAACCAAGAGGAUGUCUGGCCAACUCCUCUCUGCAAGGUCUUCAUCCUGCAGUGGGCAUACAUACUGGAGAGCAAGAAGAAGACCCUGCAGACCGAUGGCUGGCCAGAGAUGGAUGAGACCAAACUCUAUAAUCUGGUGAAUGUACAGGACCUCCUACAGGCCAAGAAUGUGGUUCUCAACUGGGUCAUGGAUCUGAGAGCUCAGCCUGAGCAAAGUGUGUGGCCUGGAGAGCCAGUGGCAAAGGUUCUGGAGGACCUACAGUCAGCCUGGCGCUGGGGCCGCGCACCCAACCUGAUAACCGCCAUGGAGCUGGUCAUGUGGACUCUGAUGCUCCAGCGCCCUGAUAAGGACAUGAUACCACAGCAGUGGCUUCUGUGGAAGCAGAAGACUCAGAAGAUUGGUGCUGUAUCCUACAUUCCUCAGCCAGUGUGGGACUGGAUCACAGAUGCUGCAGUGGACGUGGCCCUUGAUCUGGACACAGCGAACCCCGAUUUGCUCAUUUCCACUGAUGAGAAGAAGAUGCGCUGUGGCUUUGAAAGGAAAGAUAUCCCUAACUACCACCAGCGUUUCGACGGCUGGUGGUGUGCCCUGGGACUGGAGGGCUUGGGCUCCGGCCGCCACUACUGGGAGGCAGAGGUGGGAGAGCGUGAUUGGCGGCUGGGCGUGGCCAAAGAGUCCGCCCUGAGGAAAGGCUUCAAGUCCCUGAACACAGACACGGGGUAUCUGACCCUCCGGCUGGAGAGGGGCACUGAGCUGAAGGCGCUGACGGUGCCCUUCACUGCCUUGCCGCCGGGUCUCAUCCCCCGUAAGGUGGGCGUCUACCUUGAUUAUGAUAAUAGCCAGUUGUCCUUCUAUGAUGUAGAAAAACACACGCACAUUUACACCUAUAAUGAGACCUUCACCGACAAGCUGUUCCCUUUGUUUGGGACGGUGGAGAUCGGUAAGGAUCUGGUGAUCAAGUCUCCAUUGGUCAAAACCCACUGUCUCUGUCCUGCAUCCUGCCUGUGGGGUUAAGUUUCCCUCUGUACGCUCUUCCUAGAGGACCCAGUAGACAUCACGAUAGAGUAUAACCAAUCAGAAUCAAUAAGAGGAAUCCCUGCGUUAAAGACCAUCAUUGUGCUGUGGUAUAGCUCCACUAUGUGACCACUCUGUAUGCUGCUACGGCUUUAAUGUUAUUGCUGCUACCGCCUUCUCACUAUAUGUCUAUCCAUACUGUAUUUUCAUACAUUUGAGGGGAAGCUGGUUGUUUGACUUCUAUGUAUUGUGCACUACUAAUCAACAAUGAGAAUGCACUUCUGUGAAUAAUAAAUAAACCAAAUCAAGUCUU